GUCCAGAUGCUGAGAGGUUUUAUCAACCAGCGACUAACUGCGGCUGCUGAAGAGAUAUUUGGGCUGUUUGAAAGAACGAUAUCAGAGUACGAGGAGGAACUCUGUCGUUCCAAAGAGGAGAACCAGAGACACAGGAAACUACUGGACGCUGUUUUCCAGCCUGAAGUCCGGUUACACAGAGCAGCAAUGUUCAGACAAUAUGUAUGAAAACAAACGCAGAAGUCCAGCAGCCGUUGGUAAGUAAAGAAGAGGUUCCCCCUGAGCAGCAGCAGUGGAGCCCCAGGCUGGACCAGGAGGACCCACCAGAGCCGCCACUCUUUACAGAAACUGAUGGAGAGGACUCUGGGGGACCAGAACCAGCCCGGAACUUUAAUUCAGAUAGUAAUUUACAACCAGUUAUUCAUGACAAGACCUCACUCUCCUCUGAACGUGAGAAUAAUGAGUGUUGUGAUUGGGAGGAGAAUUGGGAGGAACCUCUGCAGAAACAUAAGGGAACCCAAACAUUAGUUAGUUGCUCAGUGCUGUUUAGUAAAGAAGAGGUUCCCCCUGAGCAGCAGCAGUGGAGCCCCAGGCUGGACCAGGAGGACCCACCAGAGCCGCCACAUAUUAAAGAGGAACAGGAGGAGCUCUGGAGCAGUCAGGAGGGAGAGCAGCUUCCAGGACUGGAGGAGGCUGAUAUCACCAAGUUCCCAUUCACUCCUGUCCCUGUGAAGAGUGAAGAAAAUUAUGAAGAGAAACCUCAGUCCUCACAGCUUCAUCAAAACCAGACUGAAGAGAACAGAGGUGCAGAGCAUUUGAAAACAGAAACUGAUGGAGAGGACUGUGGAGCACAAGAACCAGCCAGGAACUUUAACCCAGAUAGUCUUUUACAACCAGCUACUCAUGAAACUAAAGACAUCAGUGAUUGGGAGGAGAAUUUGGAGGAACAUUUGCCAAAACGCAAUGGAAUUCAAACAGUACUGAAAGCAUUUAGUUGCUCAGUUUGUAAAAAAACAUUUCAAUGGAGAGCUGAUGCUGUGAGGCACAUGAGAGUCCACACAGGGGAGAAACCAUUUAGUUGCUCAGUUUGUGGAAACAGAUUUGCACGAAAGGAUCGCCUGAGACAACACUUGACUGUCCACACAGGGGAGAGACCGUUUAGAUGCAAUAUUUGUGGUAAAACAUUCACUCGGCUCUAUAUAGUCAAAAACCACGAGUGUGUUGGUAAACGCAUCAGGAAUAAAUGAAGCUACUUGUUGAGAGAGAGACACAGUGGUGGAAGAAGUACUCAAAAUCUUGAGCAUUAAACACUUCAAUUCCUGCGUUCUGAUGAAUUUUUCUGCACCAGUUUAUGGUGAUUGAUUUAUUUAUAUAAAGAGAAAAACAAAAUUCAAGUGGCAGCUGAUGAUUCAAAAUCUGUAGCCAUAGAAUAUAAGUCAGUGCAACUCUCAGUCAUUCUGGGCUGCUCUCUUAUUUAACAUCAUCUUUGUGUCUUUGUUUGGGGAAGUAACCUCUUUAAAUGUGACUGUGGCUCUUUUUCACCUUAAUAAUAAAUAAAUAAAUUUUUAUUCAGUGAUAAACUCCUGGACUUUAGUAGCUCCUGUGUUUCAGCACAUUUUCUGCUCAUGUUCAAAACUUACUGCACAUUUAGAGUCUCUCCCACAGAUCUGUGUUCUCUAACAGGUACAGAAUAAAGGCAGAAUAAUGCCAGACUAACGUCAUCAUUUAAUGAGAAGUCUACCUGCCCUUUACUCUGCUGUGCAUUACGUCAUUGAUCCGCUGGUAGUAACGUUUUCCCUUCAGACUGACACAGUUUGGGGUUGCAUUUGAAACCAAAAGUAAAUGAAACACUUCUGAACAGGCAGAAAUCUCAUCACAGAUCCACACACAUCAACUUCCAGUGCAGCUCACAGUCCUAAACAGAGCAUCUAAAAAGGUCUGGACUCACAGUGCGUGCGGGUCCAGCUGAUCACAGCACACGCCGGUGUCAAUCAGCUGGGCGGAGUUGAUUUGCUCCUUGAGUCUUAUUAGUUAUACAUUUGUAUUUCACUGCUUGAGAAAAUGAAUGUGAGUCUCGUCACACCCCUACUAUUAAGCUUUAUCAGAUGCCUUUUUUCGAAUCCUGCUCAACUUCUCACAAAGUUUAUGUGCUCGUCAAUGUCAGUUUUAGACCAAUCGCAGCCUGGGAGGGGCUGAAUAAUAUAAAAACUUCGAGGUGCUAUGCAAACUUUCAAUGUUGAACUCAUUGUUCUGCCUUGAUGGGGUUAUUAUUGACGAGUUAGAAAUUAGCAUUAACACAUUAGAGACCAUUUUCUUGCGCAAAGAUUUAAUAUGUGUACAGUGUGUGUAUUAUCUGUAAUUUGUGUGUAUUAUUUGUGAUGAAGAUGCUCUUUGUACAGUCUGUGAAAACAAAUUUCCUCCACAGAGGACUAUAAAGAAUGAAUCUGAAUCUAAUCAAUAAAAACAAACCACAAAAAU